AAAGUCUGUCCAGACACAACGCGUUCAAACACUGAGCAACUUGCACGUCUCAUCAUGUUUUACGCAAACCUGAUGUUCUUAACGUGUCUGUCGCUGACAGUUGGACAGAAUUUAGUCCUUAUUGGAGGUAACCUUCGCCAUGACAACCUACCUGUUUGGAACAUGAUGGUCGAUCUGGCUGGUGGGCCAGGUGUGGCUAGGAUAGGAGUUGUUUCAGCUUCUAAUUCAAACACGACUGAAGGUGAUAGAGUGAUUAACAACUUUGUACGCCUCUACGGGGCCAAUGCCAUCGAGAUUGCCGUUAACGAGUCUCUGGCUAACAACAUCCUAGUGGCGAACCUGGUCCAAAAACAGACGGGCAUCUUUAUAGUGGAAGAUUCUGAAGACAAGGCUGCUAAUUUCUGGGACAGGUUCACUUCAAUGGUACGUCCUAAUGAUACACCUGUUCGACCACCCAACGAUGUUGUCUGUUACGAAAGUGCCAGUUACAAGCGACAGAAUCUUAUCGACACGCUCCGUCCGUCUGGGGUGGAUUCGCUGGUAUUGACGGCCAUCAGGAAAGUUCUCAACAACGGGGGCAUGGUGGCCGGCAAUGCAGCUGUAAUGGGCAAAUCAACUGUGAUCCUCGGUGGCGAUUCAGUGGCCGCUCUUUUAACUGGAACGCUUUUCAUCUCUUCGCCCCGCGUUCCAUUCUCGUUGAGGAAAGCUGGGGGCCUAUCUCUCAUCAACAGUGAAUAUGUUUUCGACAGUCAACUGAGUGAGAAAGGUCGUGAAGUACGGCUUAUUCGCGCCUCGCUGGACAGCAAUGUUUCACGAGGGUUGGGCAUUGACGAGAACACGGCAAUCAUCGUCAACAAUCCGCUGUUCCAGCCUGUCGGCAAGGUACUGACUGAUAUGGGUGCAGCGAGUGGUGCAUUUUAUGUCGAUGUUUCUAACGUCCCUGCCAGCUCAGUGGCAGCAGCUUCUUACGACAACAUCGAAUUUUCGUUUUUCACCGUCGAUGAUUCUUUCGAUUUCAUUGCAGGUAAAGCAAUUUAUCCAACUUGGAAAAAGGAAGUAUCCGGCCAAGAACAGUUCAAUAAAGCUGUGCCGUCUGACGAUAUUCUGUCACUAGCUCGGCCGUCUCAAUGGCGCCAGACAGCCGUUCGACUCGUUAAUAGUAACGAGAUGAGUGUGACAAGCCGUUCACCGCCAUCCAUUGUGCCAUUGAUUCCCGGUGUCGAGGUUACCUUCGAUCGCACACGAGCUGUGGGGCUCGGAGCCCGUCUGCCCGGCAACUCCAGUACUUCUGUAGUCUCUUUUCAAGGAAUGUCCGCUUCCAUCAAGGUGCUCAGAAUAUUGUAGUUAAGUAACGUUCCUGUACAUAAGUGUAUUAGCUCUAUUUCAUUUUCUUUCGACUAGUGAUUUUUCCUAAAUUUUAUCUUGUAUUU